ACUUGGACUCUCCAUUUGUUCUUGCGUCAUCUGACAGCUUUUCCUUGUUCGCAGGAUUCACCAUGUGUGCUCCCCUCCCAGUGAUAUAAGACUUCAAGAACUUGAAAAACUGUACGAAAAAUGAACACAACUCCUAUGACAGAGAUGGGCAUCAAAGUGGUAAUCCAGGUGGUUUACUGCUGUUGUGUGGCGCAGGUCGUCUGUACAAUCCACUACUACACUGCCGCAGUGUAUGAGCACCAUGCAAUACUGAAUGACAACUCUACAGCGCUGACCAGUCGAACAUUUGCCUUGAAAUUUAUGUCCAAAAACCUAGAUAUAUAUGAACAGCAAGUGAUUGCUGCAAGUAAAAGAGGUGUUGAAAUUAUUGUCUUCCCUGAAGACGGAAUUCAUGGCUUUAACUACAGCAGAGCAUCCAUUUACCCAUACUUGGAUUAUCUUCCUUCUCCAGAUUUGCUGCCAUGGAACCCAUGUCUAGAUCAGGACAGGUUUCAGGAUACUGAGGUCCUUCAGAGGCUUAGCUGUAUGGCGUCAAAAGGUGCCAUGUUUCUGGUUGCAAAUUUAGGAACUAAGAGGCCUUGUGAUCCCCUGGACCUUCAGUGCCCACCAGAUGGAAGAUACCAGUUUAACACAGAUGUUGUAUUUGAUGACAAGGGUGCCAUAGUUGCCAGUUAUUUCAAACAAAAUCUAUAUUUUGAAUAUGGUUUUGAUACCCCCUCGGAGGUCCAGUAUGCAUUUUUUGAUACACACUUUGGUAGGUUUGGACUCUUUACUUGCUUUGAUAUCUUGUUCUAUGAGCCAGUUGUGAAUCUCAUUAAAAAGCACCAAGUGAGGCAUCUCCUGUAUCCCACAGCUUGGAUGAACCAGUUGCCUCUUCUUUCUUCCAUUCAGAUUCAGAGAGCCUUUGCUACCAGGUUCCAGGUAAAUAUCUUAGCUGCAAACAUACACCACACAACACUGGGAAUGACUGGAAGUGGUAUAUUCAGUCCUUCAAACUCCUCUUACCAUUAUGAUAUGGACACUGAUCAAGGUCACCUCAUUGUAGCCAAGGUCCCAGUGGAUCCAUCAGAAGACAUUGGCCCAAACCAUGAUGAAAAGGUUUCACUUGAGCACGCCGACUCGUUUGGGGGCAGUCACUUCCACACUAGUGUACAGAUCUGCGACAAGAUGGACAAGACAGAACAUUGCAUGGAAUCAAGAGGGCACAAGCAAGAAACCUUAUUUCAUGCCAAAAUGAUGUAUGACAACUUCACUUUCAUUCCUCUAAAAGAUAACGAUGGGAAAGUACAUGUAUGUGCUGGUGCACUGUGCUGUUACCUUACUUACAGGAAACACAAUGUGUCCAAUGAGCUGUAUGCCCUUGGAGUAUUUGAUGGUUUGCACACAGUACAUGGCACAUACUCCCUUCAGAUUUGUGCGCUAGUGAAAUGUGGUGGUCCGGAUAUGGUAACUUGUGGUCAGGAAGUGACUGAGGCAAGCAACACCAUGAGCUUUCAGUUAUGGGGCAGGUUUAGUACCAAUUAUAUAUUUCCCAUGAUAGUAACGUCAGGAGUCACUUUACAGUUACCAGACCACUGGGGCUGGAAGGACCAAAAUUGUUAUAUGAAGAAAACAGACCUGGAACUGGGGUUAGUGACAGCAGCACUGUACGGGAGAUUCUAUGAAAGAGAUAUUAUUUCAAGGUAGCAUCAGCUGGCUCAAAUUUUUCACAUGCUCUCCAUGAACUACGGUACAUGGAAUGAACCUGCAGCACAUGUUGAACCAUAUAAUCUGUUCUAUCCCUUUUCUAAUGAUAAAACUCAAAAUUUAA